AUGUCUCACUGGAGGCUCAGAUUCCCCACUGACACUUUACACAGGGCUGGACUGGGGUCCCUGUUACUUCUGCUGCUGCUUCUGGUGUCAGGGUCUUGCACGGAAACUGUCAAUUUCCUCACCUACGAGGAAGAAGCCCUCGGCACCUCCAUCGGUGUUAUGUCUGACCACAUCCUGUUUAAUUCCCAGCGCGAGGUGCCAGGCCAGUUCCGCCUGGUUAAGUUCAACAGCUCGCUGAUCCAGGUGCAAGAGGGUGAUGGGCAGCUGACCGUCGGAGACGCGGGCCUGGACCUCGAGCGGCUGUGCGGCCAGGCCUUCGACGUGGUCAGCUUUUGGCAGGAGCGGUUCCGGCUGGUGCACGUGGAGGUGGAGGUGAGGGACGUCAACCACCACGCGCCGCGCUUUCCCCGGGCCCAGAUCCCCGUCGAGGUGUCCGAGGGCGCGGCCGUGGGCACGCACAUACCCUUAGAGGUGCCGGUGGACGAGGACGUGAGCGCCAAUGGGCUGCAGAGCGUGCGCCUCGCCGAGCCGCACAGCCCCUUCCGCGUGGAGCUGCAGACGCGCGCGGACGGUGCCCAGUGCGCCGACCUGGUGCUGCUGCAGGAGCUGGACCGCGAGAGCCAGGCCGCCUACAACCUGGAGCUGGUGGCCCAGGACGGAGGCCGCCCGCCGCGCUCCGCCACGGCCGCCCUCAGUGUGCGCGUGCUGGACGCGAAAGACCACAGCCCGGCCUUCCCGCAGGGCGCCGUGGCCGAGGUGGAGCUGGCGGAGGACGCGCCCGUGGGCUCGCUACUGCUCGACCUGGACGCGGCGGACCCCGACGAGGGCCCCAACGGCGACGUGGUGUUCGCCUUCGGCUCCCGUACCCCGCCCGAGGCGCGCCGCCUCUUCCGCCUCGACCCGCGCUCGGGCCGCCUCACCCUGGCCGGGCCCGUGGACUACGAGCGCCAGGACACUUACGAACUGGACGUGCGGGCGCAGGACCGCGGCCCCGGGCCCCGCGCCGCCACCUGCAAGGUCAUCGUGCGCAUCCGCGACGUCAAUGACAACGCGCCGGACAUCGCCAUCACCCCGCUGGCCGCCCCGGGCGCGCCUGUCGCCUCGCCCUUCGCCGCCGCCGCCGCCGCCGCUCUCGGGGGUGCGGACGCGACCUCGUCGUCCGGGCCCGGGACGCCAGAGGCCGGCGCCAUCUCGCUGGUGCCAGAGGGGGCGGCACGCGAGAGCCUGGUGGCGCUGGUCAGCACCUCGGACAGGGACUCGGGCGCCAACGGGCAGGUGCGCUGCGCCCUCUAUGGGCACGAGCACUUCCGGCUGCAGCCGGCCUACGCGGGCAGCUACCUGGUGGUGACCGCGGGGUCGCUGGACCGCGAGCGCAUCGCCGAGUACAACCUGACGCUGGUGGCCGAGGACCGCGGCGCGCCCCCGCUGCGCACCGUACGGCCCUACCUGGUGCGGGUGAGCGACGAGAACGACAACGAGCCGCUCUUCACGCGGCCGGUCUACGAGGUGUCGGUGCGUGAGAACAACCCGCCCGGGGCCUACUUGGCCACGGUGGCCGCCAGGGACCCGGACCUGGGCCGCAACGGCCAGGUCACCUACCGGCUGCUGGAGGCCGAGGUGGGCCGCGCUGCCGCCGUGUCCACCUACGUCUCAUUGGACCCCGUCACUGGGGAGCUGUACGCACGACGGUGCUUUGACCGCGAGGAACUGGCUGAGCUGCGGCUGGGGCUGGAGGCGCUCGACGGCGGCUCUCCGCCGCUCCGGGGCCGGGCCGUGGUGCGGCUGCAUGUGGAGGACCAGAACGACCACGCGCCUCGGCUGGUGACCCCGCCACUCGUCAGUGACUCAGCCCAGGCCCCUCUGCCCCGGGACGCGCCCCUGGGCUACCUGCUGACCCGACUGCAGGCUAGGGACGCGGACCAAGACCUCAACGCGGAGCUGACUUACAUCCAGCUCCGCAGCGACUGCGGCCCCGGGGCGCUAGCGCUACACCCGGCCACGGGUGAGCUGUCCCUGCAGUGCCGCCUGUCCCCGCAGCCCGCCGACCCGCUAACGGCGGCCGUCGUGUGCACGGCCACCUUGCUCCUCGUGCCCGCGCACUCGGCGCCACCUGGCGGAGAGGUGGUGCUGGUGCCACGGCCGCCUCCGCCGGCAAACCAGGAACGGGAGGGACCCGCGGGACGGCGCACAGCGCAUGGAGCAGGGCGGCACCCUGACCUCUCCGUGGUUGUGGUCGGGGUUUUGACCGGAGGCUGCGGGCUUCCGCUGGUGGCCAUCGUCACCGUGACUUGUUCCUGCUCAGGCAAGGCUAGGACUUGGAGGAAGAGGCUUUGUGAGCACAGACAGAGCGGCUGCCAUGCGAGAAGUGGCCAGACUUGCCCAUGUUGCAGGACAUCAGGGGCUGACCCUGGGAGCUUCGACCCAAGGUUCUUCGUGGAGACACCGCCGCUUUCCAUUUCCUCAGAGGCGCAGGGGAACGAGUCUGCCGAGACUUCCCAGUCCGGGAACAGUGCGGUGUCCUUAUGUUCCUCACCUCGGAAGAGGAGCGGGAUCCCCUGGGCCCAGGGUUCCGUCUCAGGUCCUUUUCAUUCCCCAUUCCUGUGCGGAGAGGAUAAAUCUGCUGCAAGUUUAAGGAUCCUGGCUGAUGAGUCGGAUCAUGAAGCCAAGUGGCAGGGUGCAGGCAUGGGGGUAGGGGCCAUGAAGGUGGUUGAGGGGAAACACUCUAGCUGCUUCCAGACUAAGAAGGACCCUGGAGGGUGCACAUACCCUGCCUUCAACUCUCCAGACAUGGGAAACAAAUCCAUUGAACCAAAUAAGAUGAAGCUGCAAACCCUGGCUCGGGAUGCUCGUCAGGCAGCCGUCUCCCUGCUGGUUUCACAGAUUGUGGUGCCGAAUCCCAAGUCCAGGCUGUCCCACUACCCAGGCGAGUGCGAGGCCCAGGCCGCCGAGUACCACACACUCCUGCAGAAGCCUUCCUCCCCUCCCUACCUGAGCAUCCUGCAGGGUGCGGCUCAGCUGUCGUCUCCGAACAAGUUCCCCGAGUAUGAGUCGCAGUGUUUGAGUGAUAACCUAAACCUGUCUAAACUUUGUGAAGCAUUCAAGGCGAAGAUGGAAGGAGAUAGCGAGGGAGCUGGCAGAGGAGUGCCAGUGUGGGCACGGAUGUUUGUAUUUUCCACCAACUUUUCCAGGCUCCCGGAGGACAUCCGGCAGACCUGUGCUUUAGAGUUCAUAUUUGGAACUGCUUCUCCACAAAGAGGCUCUGUGAUCGAAGAAGAGCGCAAGGACUCAGAAAGUGCUUUGGUGGCCUCUAACUUGUGA